UUGGCCGGGCGAGGGCCGACGAUAUUUUUAAUUUAAUAUAAUAUAAUAAUAUAUAUGUAUAUAUACAAUACACUUAACACUAUUGUUAUUAUCAAGAAAAACGUACAAACGACGUUGACGGCAGCCGCGGCCGCGUAUCGUACAGUUUGAUUUGAUAAUAAUUAUUUAUUUCACCGACUCAAUAAUACAUCGUUUAUUACACAGCUUAUUGGACAAACACAAUUUUGACGAGCGCGUGUGCGUAAUGAGUUCAAACACGACGUGAAUAAGAUUGCAGUAGUGUGUUUUACUUGUGUGAAAAAUAAUUUUCGAUUGUCCGUCUGCUCAUGCAUGUGCGUGUGCGUUUGUACAUGUUAAAAAUACGUUAUCGCCACCGUCUUGGUAAUGCUUUCUUCCCAUCCAAAAUCGAAAUCAUCCUCCUCCUCCUCAGGCCCCACCGAGACCAUACACUCUGGGCAGUUCAUGGUGUCGAAUUUCGAGGCGGAAGCCCAGGACGAUGAGUUUCAAGUGGCCGUACCCGUCUCCGAAGAGAUAUUGACACAAGCCGAUGUAUACAAUUCUAAGACAAUGUUAAACAACCUCUUCCAAUGUAUGUCAUUCGCAUACAAACAAAAAUUGACUUCGCCAAAAUGGAAUCGUUUUAAAGGAGUACGGUUGAGAUGGAAAGACAAAAUACGUUUGAACAAUUUAAUAUGGAGGUGUUGGCAUAUGCAGUUUAUCAAAAAAAAUAAUUUCAUGGUUUGCCAAUUCGCAUCACCAGUAGAAAUUGUAGAUAUUCAUAAACAACCAGAGGCAAUUGUUUUGGAAGGAAAAUAUUGGAAAAGGAAGUUAAAUGCUGUAACAGCAGAGUAUAAAAAAUGGCGGUUGUUUUAUCGAAGUUUAUUACAAAACGGAUUCAAAGAAAGACAAAAAUUACUUAACGAGUUUUUAGAAUGGCAGCACGACAAUAAUGGUGACACUAGAAUAGAUGAUGACUAUAUGAAUUUUAUAAGUGACACACUUUUCUCUACAGUUGUUUCAAAUCAGAGAAUAUUUGAAUUUCCUAACACAAGAGAUGAUAAAUCGACCAAAAUCGCUGAUUUCAUACAACCUAGUUUGGGACAAUUACAACCGCAUUUAGAUGAAUUCAUGGACACUAUAGAACCCCUACAAGAUCUUUUUAGUCCUCCAAAAUUACCAGCGGUUCCUGAAGAAUGCCAAAUGUCGUCAGAAUCUACCAGCAGUAUGUACAACCAAUCGUAUGGCGACGUCAAUACAUGUUAUCAAACAAAUCAAAAUUCGUUAACUUUACAUUCAGAAUUAAACCAACUUAAAAUGUCCAACAUACAGCAAGAGACUACUGACCCUACUUGUCCAUUGCAUACAGGCAACUUGCACACUGGCAACUAUUCAACCGAAGAAAACUAUCAGUCUAGUUUUCCAAAUUUGUUUCAUCAGUCUUCAAAUACUGAUUAUCAAAACACCAAUCAUUCUUAUAACAGUAUUUCUUCAGCUACCACUCAAACUCACCAUAAUGAAAUACAAUUACCACUUGCACCGCCUACAUAUCCAUCAUUUGACUACAACACAUCAAACAUUGAACACGGGACGGUUAUAAAUACAAAUGAUUACAAUCAACAACAAAGCAUAUCUACAGCCAACAGUUCUGUGAUGAAUUAUACAAAUGGAUCGUCUAAUGGCGAUUACAAAAAUAGAAUUCCUCAGAUUCAAACCUAUAGCAAAUUUCCUCCGGUUUUAAGAAGCUCACAGGAUAAUUUUGUUACUCCCAAAAUUCGACAAAGGACUCGAGGCAGACAGCCUAUACCAAAACAAAAAGUGAUGUCUUCUAAUUUGAAUUCUUCAAAUGAUAACAAUCAAAGUGUUUUGUUGGCUCAACUUCUUAAUACAAAUAAUAGUAGUAUGUUUUCGUCGUCCAGUUCAACUGCAGUGUCAAACAAUAUGAACAAGUUUCGAAACAAUAGUGGAUCUUAUCAACCAUAUCAGCAGGCGCAACAAAUACCUUACCAGUUAAUUCAAAGAAGGGCAAGAACUCCUGAUCAUGUGUUAACUUCAUACACUGAUCAUUUUGUGUAUCGUAAACCUAGCCCGGUUUUCAUGAAUCAAAGUGAUUGCAAUGUGUAUAACUUGACUCCAAACACUCGUGGUCUUCUUGAUGCCGUGGGUACACCCGGUGGUAUACAUCAGUUGCCGCAAAUCCAACCUCGAUUUGACAUACCACACGGCAAUCAUGCUCAUGGCUAUUCAACUUAUAGACACCAAGGUCAAGAAUAUGGCAAUCACACCGUUAUGGAUAAAACGCCUCCCUCUAGUAACCAACCUUCACCACCAACAAAUAACUAUACCCAACCGAUCAUAGCUCCAAUCCCACAAGCUCUUGCCAUACCCUCAUCACCUAUGACGUGUAGUUCUGAUCUCUGUCAUAAAACUCUUUCACCAAUUCAUAACAACGAAUCGACGAUCAAUUUGGCACAAAGAAAUAUGGAUACAUCAGUAUCUAUUCCAUCGCAUGCCAUAAUUCCUGGACCGGCGCGGACUCCAUAUAAGGAACAUAGGAGAGUUUGUCACAUCAACGCGGAACAAAAGCGAAGGUGUAACAUUAAAAAUGGAUUUGAUAUGCUCAAUAUGUUAAUACCUCAAAUCAAUCAGAAUCCAAAUACGAAAAUGAGUAAAGCUGCUAUGUUACAAAAAGGUGCCGAUUACAUUCUUCAACUGAGGUCUGAACGAGGACGAUUGUAUGACGAGAGACAAAAUUUGCAACAACAAGUUGAAUCUCUGAAUGUAGCUAUAAGUAAUUGUCAGUCCAUGUUACCGGCGACGGGAGCUCCAUUUUCGAGACAGCGGACAACCAAAAUGAAAGAAAUGUUUGAUGAAUAUGUAAAGAAAAGAACCCAAGAAAAUUGGAAAUUUUAUAUUUUAAGUUUAAUAGCUGAGCCGUUAUUGAACUCAUUUAAUUCUAGCGUUUCAACAACCAGUUAUGAAGAAAUGUAUCGUACCACUCUUCAGUGGGUGGAACAACAUUGUACUUUAGGUGAUCUCAGGCCAAUUGCUUUAAAUGCAUUACGUAACUUAUGCACAUCUACAGAAAUAUUGUCAGAUCCUAGCAAUUUAUCGGAGGAGAUAAAAAAUAUCAUUUUAAAUAGUCAAUCAAACAAUCAUCAACAAGGAACCCGAAAUUAAAUUUGAAAAAAAAACCUAUAUAAUAUGUUUUAUUAAUUAAGAUUAAAUUUAAUGUGCCAUUUUGUUUUUGUUUUUGUUAUUGUUAAUGUUUUUGUUUUACAUUUUAACUUGUUAUUUUUGCAUUACAUAAAAUUUACGGAUUGUAUUUAUUUAUUUUUAUCUCGCUGUGACUAAAUUUUAUUAAUAAUAAUAAAUAUGCUAUGAACUACCGACGA